GACCAAUGAUUACACCAGACUCUAGUAAAGUAGGGGUGACGCGUUUGCAGCGACACAAUUGAAAAGAAAGCAGUAACAAGUAAUAAUAUGUGUCGGAUCAGUGGAACAACAGCGAGCAAAUAGAACGGAUGGAAUGUACGAGCAACAGUGUUCAACUAUUAGAUAAGCAGGUUGAUCAACUCUCUCCCGCGCUGGAUCUGCUGCAUUAGGCCUGAUGGAGCUGGGCACGCGACGAGCGCUGACCACCGGGGAACACACAACACACUCUGCCCCCCAUCGCCAACCUUGAAGGGAGGUUCCUCCCCCUCCGUUCCUCCCCCUCCGUUCCCUUUCUCUUCUCUCCUCCUCCUCCACUCCCACACUACCUCCUCUGGUACACCUCCAUCCUCCCCCUCCCUGGUCCUGAGAUGGUGAUGAUGAUGAUGAUGAAGCUGAAGCAGAACCUUCUGGUGGCCUGUCUGGUCAUCAGCUCAGUCACAGUCUUCUACUUGGGCCGCCACGCCAUGGAGUGCCACCACCGCAUCGAGGAGCGCAGCAGCCAGCCUGGGGGCCAGGGAGUCCUGGGGGGCUCGUUGGGCUCCUCCACCAUCCUGCGGGGCUCCGGUCCCGGGGGACAUAACCUCUCCGCUCCAUUUGUCUACAACAAGGACAUGCCCCUAGUGUUCAUUGGAGGGGUUCCCAGGAGUGGGACCACGUUGAUGAGAGCCAUGAUGGAUGCUCACCCUGAGGUGCGGUGUGGAGAGGAGACCAGAGUUAUUCCUCGUAUCCUGGCCAUGAAACAGAUGUGGUCGCGGUCGGGGAGGGAGAAGAUGCGUCUGGACGAGGCCGGGGUGACCGACGAGGUCCUGGACGCCGCCAUGCAGGCCUUCCUCCUGGAGAUCAUCGUGAAGCACGGCGAGCCCGCCAACUUCCUCUGUAACAAGGACCCUUUUGCUCUGAAGUCCCUCUCCUACCUGGCUAAGAUCUUCCCGCACGCCAAGUUCGUGCUGAUGAUCCGGGACGGACGCGCCUCGGUCCACUCGAUGAUCUCACGGAAGGUGACGAUCGCUGGCUUUGACCUGGGCAGCUACAGAGACUGCCUGACCAAGUGGAACAGGGCCAUAGAGACCAUGUACACUCAGUGCCUGGAGGCCUCGGACAAGUGUCUGCCGGUGCAUUAUGAACAGCUGGUCCUCCAUCCAGAGAAGUGGAUGAGGACGCUGCUCAAAUUCCUGGACAUUCCCUGGAACGAGGCGGUGCUUCACCAUGAGGAACUCAUAGGGAAAGCAGGAGGAGUCUCCCUCUCCAAGGUGGAGAGGUCUACAGACCAGGUGAUCAAGCCAGUUAACGUGGAGGCCUUAUCCAAGUGGGUGGGCAAGAUCCCUGCGGACGUACUGAGGGACAUGUCCGUCAUCGCCCCCAUGUUGUCCCGUUUGGGGUACGACCCCCACGCCAACCCUCCCAACUACGGCCGGCCGGACCCCAAGGUCCUGGACAACACCAGGAGGGUCUUUAAAGGUGAAUUUCAGCUACCUGAGUUUCUAAGAGAACAAUCACAGCUUCAGAAGUCUCCAGAGAAACCUAACCCCAGUUAGGAGGAGCAGCCAACACGCCAGGCAGACAAGACAUCCAAUAGAAUCACCACCACUUUUGGGGACCUCAGUGCUCUUCCAUGGACACACAAACAAACACACACAUACACUAUAUAUACACACUAUCUACAGAAAAGUAUGUGGACAUCGCUUCAA